UCGGCAAUGACUCUACAGUACCUAUUCCAUGUACAAAGGCUGCGUCUACUCCCCUGUAUAUGCCUACCUUGGCAUGUAUCAUCACUCGAGAACCCUGGGGAGAGGGUCACCCUGCAUAUGAAGAAUUCACAUUUCGCAAGAACACUACGUAACCCUGAGACCAUGCACAAGCAAAGGGGGUGGUACUUUUUCCGCAGGAAGCGACGGUGUGCGUAUCUACUUAUGCCUGAGUAGGUAAACAGGCGCAAACUGUUCGCUUACUUGGUCCAAGCGCUGGCUGUGUGGAACGGACCUUGACGAGGUGCGGGCCUGUGCGGGAUCUAGACACCUGAAAGGUGGCUGCUGGUUGUUGGAAAUGCCUCUGAACUGAUGGUACAACAUGCCAUACUUUAUUAAAGGGCUUCUACAUACUCUAGUUUAAAAUGAGAGAGGGGAUGGGGAGUAUCAGAUCCAA